AUGGCUAUUACUAUGGCAAAAAAGUUUUGCAAUUCAUUACUGGUUUCCAUAAAUUUAGUCUUGAUUUAGGUAGGAAACAAUUCGGUAGAGGGCACUGUUAUAUCGACCCAAGUUAUAACAGAUGGGCCAGGAGCAUUUUGUGAGGCAUUAUUUUGGCUUAACGGGAACACAUCUUGGGAGACUUCGAACACAUUUUCAUCACUGGAUGAACUAUCACCGGAUGAACUUGGGUCAGCUUAUUUGCAUCAAACCAGUUUUUGGUAGUCAACUGUGCGAUCACACCUUACCCAAGAAGCUGACAAAUGUUUUUUGAUCUAACAGAGAUGGCAGUAUCAUCAGCAAAUAGUAUAUAAUUUCCAUCUUUGUCUCCCGGCAGAUCAUUGAUCUACACACCGUUUUGGUCGACUUGCGAGAUGUCACAACAGGAGGAUAGAAUAUCAAUUUGUCGCCCAGAUGAUCAGAAC